AUGUUGACGAUCUGUACCUACAAUGCACGUAAACUUGCAUCCGAGUCCUCGAUAGAAGACUUGCUCAUGCAAGUCGAUUCAUUCCAACAGCUUACAACCCGAAUUGGACGUUUACGAUUAAGAAGACGUGGAUCAAUUCCGGCUUUGACAAUCUUCGUCGUUUACGUGCUGACAUCAAAAUACGACGAAAAAGAAGUCGAAGCGUUUUAUAUGGAAUUGGAGAAGUUCAACAGAGAAGACCACACAUUCUUCACGGUCACCAUUAGAGAUUUCAACGCUAAGAUUGGACCAAGAAGAACGUCUGAAAAAAGUCACAUUGGGACUCAUGGAUUAAAAUGGAAUGAACAGGGUCACCGGCUAUCUGAGUUUAUUAUUGGGUCCAGAACGUCUAUGGUAACUCGCGAAUCCAGAAGCCCCACCUUCAGCACUGGACGUGUAUCUACCAAUGGAGACUACCAUAACGAAAUAGACCACAUAAUAGUAAAUAGGUUUGGCCUAACCCAUGUUGCUGUUGUCCCAAAAAUUUACACGGAAUCAGACCAUCGCCUCCAUUGUGCAAGAUCCUAUUUUUCGCGGAAAGGAAAAAUGGCCGCUAAAUUCAAAAACCGAAAUCCCAGAACCACCACAAACUGCGACUUAUUCAAUUCAUUAACCGCCUGUUGGGAAAAUGCCGUUGUCGAUAACAUCGACGAAGAAUACGAUCGACACAUUCAACAUCUUUAA